CAGGCAUCAACACUGUGCAAACCUAGUCUUUGAAACUGUAUUAUAGAACAUGAGAACAGAGAGUUGAGGGUCACCUUCUAGUUUUGUGUUCCGAUUCCAAUACUCAAUUUGGUGAAACAAAAACGCACAAUGAUAUCGACAUAGGACCACGGAUUGUCUUUCUCUUUUUCAAAUUUUAUUUAUUUAUUAUUUAAUUUUCUGGUACAGAGGAGGGACCAUGGUAAAGUAGAAAACAAAGACACACUCACACACGUCUGUGGAUCAAGUUUUCUCCUACGUACAAAUUGGGAAGAGUCAUCAUCGUCAUGGUUCAUGAUGUGAUAAUGGUUCCACAAUAGAAUGCGUGUGCUUCUCCUACCGUUAUAUAAAGCCACGCGCAUAAUACAACACUUGCCUCAACCGUUCAUACAAAUUCUCAAAUGGUAGAACAAGCACAGUGUAAGAGAAAGGAGGUGAUGGAGGGUGAAGAAGCUGAAACUGAGAUGAAAGUUAAACAAUCAAGGUUCAAGAGGAUUUGUGUGUUCUGUGGAAGCAGUCCUGGGAACAAGAGUAGUUAUAAGGAUGCUGCUAUUGAGCUUGGGAAGGAGCUGGUGUCAAGAAAUAUUGAUCUGGUUUAUGGAGGAGGCAGCAUUGGUUUGAUGGGCUUGGUUUCCCAGGCAGUGUAUGAUGGAGGUCGCCAUGUAAUUGGAGUUAUUCCCAAGACACUGAUGCCAAGAGAGAUUACUGGGGAAACAGUGGGGGAAGUGAAGGCAGUAGCAGACAUGCACCAAAGAAAAGCAGAAAUGGCUAAGCACUCUGAUGCCUUUAUUGCCUUACCCGGUGGCUAUGGGACACUUGAGGAGCUUCUUGAGGUGAUAACUUGGGCUCAGCUUGGAAUCCAUGAUAAACCGGUGGGGUUGCUGAAUGUAGAUGGAUACUACAAUUCCUUAUUGUCAUUCAUUGACAAAGCUGUGGAGGAAGGCUUCAUUAGCCCCAAAGCUCGCCAUAUAAUUGUGUCUGCCCCAUCAACAAAAGAGCUUGUCAAAAAGAUGGAAGAAUAUUUUCCACAACAUGAAAGAGUUGCAUCUAAGCUAAGCUGGGAAACUGAGCAGCUAGAUUACUCUUCAAAUUGUGACAUCUCAAGGUGACUGUAUGAUUAUGGAAGUGUUGGGUAGAGACAAUUGUUAGUUUAAUGGUUAAAGAGACAACUACUAUUAUGGCCACAAUUUCCUCAAGCCAGAAUUCUUUUAUGCACU